AUGGAAGUUGGAGAAACGGACUCAGCCUCACGGUCUACUGAGAGCUGCUCAAGGUUUGAACUGGGCACCGCCCAAGUCAAGCCAAGAAUAGCCAAGCUCGCCCAAUUGGCACGAACCGUUGCAAUCAAAAAGCCGGAUGAUGAGAAUGCCCAACGCCGAGCUCAAGCCGCCACAGCGAUGGUCGCUCAAGUGGCCGAAUCGCUAUACAGCAUUUCAGGAGUUCUUCCAUCCGAAUAUGAUGAAGACUUCCGUGAGGUGCACUCUUGUGAGAGUGGUAAACGACACGUGUCCAGUUUAGUUUCAGUUAAACGCGGUGUGAGAGAUCAUACAUUUCUACUGGAGCCUUCCCACGAGACGCGAAUAUGGUUACCAGCAGAGAUUUAUCAGCUUAUUGUCGGUCAUGUCAACGAAUUCGACAAUCGCUAUAGACAACACACAUUGGCUGCACUCUCGUCUUCGUGCAAGUUACUCAUGAUCAUGGCCGAGAGGUUUCUCUAUGCACAUCCUCGUGGUAUCAGGAACGUCCAACAGCAGUGGAUGUUCCUCUACAGUUUGAAAAUUGAGCCUACUCGUGCGAAAUACGUCAAGUCCCUCGAGCUCGUAUGCCCCAGCGACGCGACCAACAUGGAGCUGCUCAGAGACAUGGCGUCUUCAUGCCUCAACGUCAACGAUGUACUCAUGGAGAAGGGAGACAGUGUACACGACAUUUAUUACCUGUCAAAAUCGUACAUAAUCUCCAUGGGCUCCUUGCUGGCUGCAUGCCCACAGCUUAAGAGCUUACGAUACAGGACCAGAGCUUGUGAAGUUUAUCCUGAUCCUAAAGCCUUUGAUGAUGAUGAUUUGGACGGACAAGGCAAACGCAGCGCACCUCUAGCCUAUCCUGACUUCAAAGAGACAGGCCACAAUUUGACCAGACUGGCUAUUGGCGAGUUCAGUGACUGGCUUAUACAGCUCAUGUUACCGGUCCUCUCGUCAAAUCUGACAUCCUUGACAAUUGGUCGAGAGAACAACCCUGCGGGCGAAAGUCCACUUUCAUCACUUGCUGUUCAGUGCCCUCAUCUCCAAGAACUAGUAUUGGAUUAUACACUCGUGGAAUCAAGCGAUCUUGAGCGAGCUUGCAAGAUGUGGUGCUCGACACUCCAAAUGUUGAAGCUUUCAAACAUGGAGGAGAACUCUGACUGGCUAGCCGAGAUCAUGCCUUCCAUGACUGCGCUAAGGUUCUUGGACACCGGCAUGGCAAGCGCAUGCCUUAUCCUCGAUAUCGACGCCAUUGCUCAGAGCAAAGCACCAUUGGAAGAAAUAGCGCUGGGAUAUAUCGACUGCGACAGGGAUGACAUUGCAGGUGACGAAAUGAAUACAGCGCUGGCAAACAUGAUCACAGCGCACUCGUCCCGCUUACAAUUACUAGACUUGGGGACCGCCAAGUUGGGAUCAGCGAUACUCAAGAGUUGCAAAAUGGCGAGGCAUCUUAGGUCUUUACACUUUAGACUGGCCUAUCGCCCAUUGGCAGAUGAGAUUGAUGACCUCUUGGUCGCGUGCCCAGAUCUGGAUGCUCUUGCGGAGAGAGUGUCCCAGUAUUCCCCCAAUCACGAAAUCUGGGAGGCAAGAAUGCAAACAAAAGUGCUGCCAAAGCUGGAAAUAGUCGCACGAGAUUCCCUAAUCGUCGGAUUUGGACCGCUAUGA